AUCUCGUCCAUCACCCGCACUCCCAUCUCCCUGCCCCAACUCCUUCCGAUGCAAGAAAUGAGAAGCAGGUCCGGUUGGAUAGCCGCAAACAAAUGCUCUUUAUUGCUCUGACAUGUGCAGCACUCCUGUCUCUGAUGUAUAUUUCUUUUAAUUCGCCCAGCUUAAAAAUGCAGGUUGCCAAUCAGGAACCACGGUUUAUAUGGAGCAAAAAUGAUGACUUUACAACACAUGAAGAUUGGUUCAAUGCUAGUGCUGUUACCGAUCAGCAGACAAAGACCUCAUGGGGUGCUCCUAUUAUGUGGGAAGGGACCUUUAACCCAGUGGAACGUGAUGAAUUCUACAUUCAGAAGAAGGUGGUGAUUGGCCUGACCGUUUUUGCAAUUGGACGAUACGUUGACAGGUAUCUGAAGGAUUUCUUGGAGUCGGCAGAGCAGCACUUCAUGACAGGAUUCCAGGUGAUCUACUACGUGAUGGUAGACAAUGACAGCAAAGUCCCUGCCUUGAAGAUGUCUCCGGGACGGACCAUGAACGUGAUCAAUGUUCCCAAACAAUCGCGCUGGCAGGACAUCAGCAUGAUGCGGAUGCAGCAAAUCAACGACCUUAUCCAGGAUAAGAUCCGUUUUGAGGUCACCUACCUCUUCUGCUUUGAUGUCGACCAGGUCUUUGUGGGGCGCUUUGGGACGGAAGCUUUGGCAGACUCGAUCGCUCAGAUCCACUCUGCAUUCCUCACUGCCAGCCGCAACCAAUUCACCUAUGAGCGUAGACCGAACUCAGCAGCUUACAUUGCAUCAGAUGAGGGAGACUUCUAUUAUCACGCUGCUGUUUUCGGAGGCACACCUGACAUGGUUUUCAACCUGACUAGGAGCUGCCUCGAUGGGAUCAUCAGAGAUAAAAGCAGAGGUGUCGAGGCGAUCUGGCAUGACGAGAGCCACUUGAACCGUUACUUUCUGGAUCACAAACCUGCCAAGCUCUUAUCUCCCGAGUAUUGCUGGGAUCGAAAGCCAGCCAAAUAUAUCAGAUAUGUCAGGAUGAAAUGGAUGCCCAAGGACUAUAAGAAAUUACGUGACAAUUGAAUGGGAGAGGAGUCUCCUAAACCUUUCCUGUUGCUGGGUUAUCAUCAUUUGACUGGGACUGUCUCUUGUCAACCAUCAAAAUCGAACAGCAACGUAAUUUCAAAUCUUUGAAUGAAACAAUUCCAGACAAGAAUUAUGCAGUCUUUAAUGCUGAUAACAGGGGAAGGGCUGAC